GGACUUGAGAGCCAGGCCCGAAACUACAAUUCCCAGCAGGCGACGGGGCUCCAGAAGGCGGCUUGCUAGAGAGCGGGAUGCGGAGCUCUGCGCGCGCGGUGGGGAUGGAACGUUGCUAAUUCGCGGGUCCCGCUGCUGGAGCCUCGGGGAACCCACUACGCCGCGCGCUGGAGCGGGAGUCUGGGAGGCAAACAGCUCAUCGAUUAAUGCAAGCUUUCAAAGCUCCUGAAUUUGUGGACGCCAUGCACAGGAAACACCUUCAGGAGAUUCCGGACCAGAGUAGCAACGUCACCACCAGCUUCACGUGGGGAUGGGAUUCCAGCAAGACUUCUGAACUGUUAUCAGGCAUGGGUGUCUCUGCCUUGGAGAAGGAAGAAGUGGACAGUGAAAACAUCCCCCAUGAACUGCUCUCAAACCUCGGCCACCCCCAGAGCCCUCCAAGGAAACGGCUAAAGAGCAAAGGGAGUGACAAAGACUUUAUGAUCAUCCGUAGGCCUAAGCUCAAUCGAGAGAACUUCCCAGGUGUUUCCUGGGACUCCCUUCCAGACGAGUUGCUCCUUGGGAUCUUUUCCUGCCUGUGCCUCCCUGAGCUGCUGAGAGUCUCUGGAGUUUGCAAGAGGUGGUACCGCCUCUCGCUCGAUGAGUCUCUCUGGCAUUCCCUGGACCUCGCAGGUAAAAACCUGCACCCCGAUGUGACAGUCCGGUUGCUCUCUCGAGGGGUGAUCGCCUUCCGCUGCCCGAGGUCGUUUAUGGAGCAACCACUGGGUGAAAGUUUCAGCUCUUUGCGUGUCCAGCACAUGGACCUGUCGAACUCGGUUAUAAAUGUGUCAAACCUCCACGGGAUUCUGUCUGAGUGCUCCAAGCUACAGAAUCUAAGCCUGGAAGGCCUGCAACUUUCAGAUCCCAUUGUCAAAACUCUUGCCCAGAAUGAAAACUUGGUGCGACUUAACCUCUGUGGGUGCUCUGGAUUUUCUGACUCUGCCGUGGCCACCCUGCUAAGUAGCUGCUGCAGACUGGAUGAGCUGAACCUCUCCUGGUGCUUCGACUUCACGGAAAAGCACGUGCAAGCGGCCGUCACACAUUUACCAGACUCCAUCACCCAGCUGAACCUCAGUGGCUACCGAAAGAACCUCCAGAAAACAGAUCUUUGUACCUUAAUUAAACGAUGCCCCAACCUUGUCCGCCUCGACUUAAGUGACAGUAUCAUGCUAAAGAAUGACUGCUUUCCAGAGUUCUUUCUGCUCAACUACCUCCAACACCUCUCCCUCAGCCGGUGCUAUGAUAUAGUUCCUGAAACUCUACUUGAACUUGGAGAAAUCCCCACACUGAAAACACUACAAGUGUUUGGAAUCGUGCCGGAUGCUACCCUGCAGCUGCUGAGAGAAGCCCUUCCUCAUCUGCAGAUCAACUGCGCCUAUUUCACCACCAUUGCAAGGCCAACUGUGGACUACAAAAAGACCCCGGAGAUCUGGGGCAUCCGAUGCCGCCUGACUCUGCAGAAGCCCAGCUGUGUGUGA